GCCGAGUAAUUUUAGAAGCGGCUUCCGCGACCUCAAGGCCUUUCUUUCGGGCUUGGACCCCUUUGGGGGGGUCCGGAUCCCCACUGUGGCCGCCUUUACAGAGGAGAGGAAUUGUGACUACUUAAAGGGCGCAGCGCUUUCUCCUCGGCUUGGCCCUGGCUGUCCCGGAUGGAUAGGUGGUGGGAACUCUGUCCGCAGGUUGGGGCGUUCUGAGUGUGACUGAUGGAAAUUAUCUGCUGUCACGCGAACGCUCUCAGUGAGGGCAACUGCAGGUGGAAGAAAGUUCCCCACGGGGCUUCUGGGGCCGGCGCCUUUGCAGUGGCUGUUUUAUUUUUGCAAGGCUGGGAGACGGGAGAUGGAAGAUGCUGUCCCCGCUGACGUUUGGGUUCUCCUUGCGCAGUGGAGACCGGGGAUGCGCGGGGACACGCGACCAGAGUCCUAAGACAGUCUGGUUUGAGCUGUCAUGAAGGGGCCAUGUGACCUCCCGCCGCUAGCUUCCUCCUCGCCACGGCGAAAGGCUAGCACUAGGGCUGGCGGAACGUUUUCUUUUUAUGCUUUGUGUGUUGAGUGCUGUGGAGCUGCUGUCUAUGUCUGCCUCUUCCUAGGACUCUGCCACCUGGCCCCCGGAGGUGUGUGCUGAUCUGGUGCUGAGAGAUGGCGCUCACAGGUUUCAUCUCCAUCUGAGCAUUGGGUGCUCCAGACACCGGAAGCCAGGUCUCAUCCUGUGCUCCUGGCUUGAAUAAGCCUUCACUCCACCCACUCCAGGCCAGCAGCAGCACAACACUGCCUGACUUCUCUUAAUGAUGGGUAUUGGCAAGAACACCACUUCUAAGUCAAUGGAGGCCGGGAGCUCCACGGAAGGCAAAUACGAAGAUGAAGCAAAACACCCUGCCUUCUUCACUCUGCCGGUGGUGAUCAACGGAGGAGCUACGUCCAGUGGGGAGCAGGACAACGAAGACACAGAGCUCAUGGCCAUCUACACCACGGAAAACGGCAUUGCGGAAAAGAGCUCUCUCGCAGAGACCCUGGACAGUACUGGCAGUCUGGACCCUCAGCGGUCAGAUAUGAUCUACACCAUCGAAGAUGUUCCUCCCUGGUACCUGUGCAUAUUUCUGGGACUGCAGCACUAUCUGACCUGCUUCAGUGGCACCAUCGCGGUGCCCUUUCUGCUGGCGGAUGCCAUGUGUGUGGGGUAUGACCAGUGGGCCACCAGCCAGCUCAUUGGGACCAUUUUCUUCUGCGUGGGAAUCACGACUUUGCUACAGACCACGUUUGGAUGCAGGUUACCCCUGUUUCAGGCCAGUGCUUUUGCAUUUUUGGCCCCUGCUCGAGCCAUCCUGUCUUUAGAUAAAUGGAAAUGUAACACCACAGAUGUUUCAGUUGCCAAUGGAACAGCAGAGCUGUUGCACACAGAACACAUCUGGUAUCCACGGAUCCGAGAGAUCCAGGGUGCCAUCAUCAUGUCUUCAUUGAUAGAAGUGGUCAUCGGGCUCCUUGGCCUACCUGGGGCUCUGCUGCGAUACAUAGGGCCACUGACCAUAACGCCCACUGUGGCCCUCAUCGGCCUUUCCGGUUUCCAGGCAGCUGGAGAGAGGGCAGGGAAGCACUGGGGCAUCGCCAUGCUGACAAUUUUCCUAGUAUUACUAUUUUCUCAAUAUGCCAGAAAUGUUAAAUUUCCUCUCCCGAUUUACAAAUCCAAGAAAGGAUGGACUGCGUAUAAGUUGCAGCUUUUCAAAAUGUUCCCUAUAAUCCUGGCCAUCCUUGUGUCCUGGCUGCUCUGCUUCAUCUUCACAGUGACCGACGUCUUCCCUCCUGACAGUACCAAGUAUGGCUUCUAUGCACGCACGGAUGCCAGACAGGGUGUGCUUCUGGUUGCCCCCUGGUUUAAGGUUCCAUACCCGUUUCAGUGGGGGCUGCCCACCGUCUCCGCGGCCGGCGUCAUCGGCAUGCUCAGCGCCGUCGUGGCCAGCAUCAUUGAGUCCAUCGGUGACUACUAUGCCUGUGCCAGGCUCUCCUGUGCCCCGCCACCUCCCAUCCAUGCAAUAAACAGGGGGAUUUUCGUGGAGGGUCUCUCCUGUGUUCUUGAUGGCAUAUUUGGUACCGGGAACGGCUCUACUUCAUCCAGUCCCAACAUUGGCGUUCUGGGAAUUACGAAGGUGGGCAGCCGCCGCGUGAUCCAAUAUGGCGCGGUGCUCAUGCUGGGGCUGGGCAUGAUCGGCAAGUUCAGCGCCCUUUUCGCGUCCCUGCCGGACCCAGUGCUCGGAGCGCUCUUCUGCACGCUCUUCGGGAUGAUCACUGCUGUCGGCCUGUCCAACCUGCAGUUCAUCGACCUGAACUCCUCCCGGAACCUUUUUGUGCUUGGAUUUUCCAUCUUCUUUGGGCUCGUCCUUCCAAGUUACCUCAGACAGAAUCCGCUGGUCACAGGCAUAACAGGAAUUGAUCAAGUCUUAAACGUUCUUCUCACCACUGCUAUGUUUGUAGGAGGCUGUGUGGCUUUUAUUUUGGACAACACCAUCCCAGGUACCCCAGAGGAAAGAGGGAUCAGGAAAUGGAAGAAAGGUGUGAGCAAAGGGAACAAGUCGCUUGAUGGCAUGGAAUCCUACAACUUGCCGUUCGGCAUGAACAUUAUUAAAAAGUACAGAUGCUUCAGCUACCUGCCCAUCAGCCCAACCUUUGCAGGCUACACGUGGAAAGGCUUUGGGAAGAGCGAAAGCGGCCGGAGUUCAGAUGAGGACUCACAGGCCACUGUAUAGCCUUCGCUGUGCCCUGUGGCCUGGCCACAGUGAGGCGUGUACCUGUCCUUCCUUGCCGAGUAACAAGAAGUCACACGUAUGUUUGUAUAUCUGCAUCUACAUCCUGCGUCCCAGAGCGAAGACGGGUUGCUGCGCAGUGCUUUUCUGUUUUGGGUGGUAAUUGUGUCCAACAUGGUGUCUCACUUGGCUCCUGUUUUAAGCCCUUGGCCUCGUGUCCUUUGAAAGUGUCCACUGCUGGUCUUGGUCACUGAACUUGAAACGCCAGCGUGUUCCCACGGGGCCGGGUAUUCGGCAGUCGCUUCCGUUCAGUCCCCUCCCGCUGCCCCCUGCUAGCUUUCCCACAGGCCUCCUCCACUCGGGGGCUUUCUCUCUCAGAGCACCUGGGCCCACUUUCUCUUUGUGUGACCUCAGCCUGCACCUGGGCCGGGCCACCAUGUCCUCGCAUUGUCACAGCAGCUUUUGUUGUCCUUGUCCUCCCCAGGAGGCUGUUGACCAGCAUAAGAGCAGUGGCCUGCUCCCCCGGCCCCGAUAGGGCACCCAGAGGUCUGUGUAGGCGUGAAGUUCAGGGGGUGAAAGGGCAAGAACCCCAAAGCCAGUGGGAUUGACUGCUCCUCCCCUGCCACCCUGGCCCCCACCAAGCCAGCACAUUUCACCCUGACCCUGCAGUGACCGAGACACCUUGUUGGGCAUUUAUCGCUCCUGGCUGGUGUGAUGGCUACUGACUGCCCCCAGCCAGAUAAGCUAUGAGUCCUAGCUCUGCUGUCAUGUGGAUGUGACUAUUGUGCGCGUCUGUAAUUAUAAGAUUCUAUUCCUAUUUAAUGUUAUUGACUAUAGCAGAUUUUCCAAAUCAGUGUUUUUCCAUGUGACUUUCUUCCCUCUCGUUCCUGUACUCCUCGUCCUCCCAAUAAGAAAAGUACCAGCAUCUGUAAAGCUGUGGGUACCACCAGGGAAGUGUGCUGGAACAGCUGUUGAAGGCCAGUAACCAUUGCUGUGGUUGUGUUUUGUAUUGCCUGAUGCCAUGAAAGUGUAAAUACUGUAACCCUAAUCUAUUUAUCAAAACUGACUACUGGACCAGAGCCCAGAAACCCUGGGUCAAGUUACACAUGAGUUUGUUUUGUGAAGAAGGGAGUCUGGGUAGGUCAGCAGACAGUGUGCGUGGCGCGGCCUGCCCCCCACAGGCCUUCCUCCCGGUCCUCUGCCACCCGUCAUUUCCAGCUGCCUGGCUUAGAGACGCUUUCUGGGCAUUGUCGUGUUGCGUGUCCACUGAACCUUGAUUUGACAGAAGGAAAGGUGAGUCUCUUAGCCUUAUUUGCUGAGCCGUUAGAGAAGGUGAUGAGAAAGCAGCUAACACCCCACCCCCACCCCCGCGAGGAGCUCUAAUUUAUGACACUAAAUUAUUUUUGACAAAGUGGCUUCUGUUGAAUUUGAAGUUUUCCAGCCAAAGGAAAAGCCUGAGACAUGAAGAGUGGCCAUGCUUUAUGGGCUGACCUGCCUGAGCUUUGGACAGCCUUGGCCGCCCAUCCCUUCACAGGGCUGGCUCUUGUGACCCCAUGUCCACACCACCUUGGCUCUGUCCCUUUGCCAGGUCGGCAGCUGUGCCACUGCAGCUCCAUGGAUUCCUAGCAGUUUGGGCUUCAAGAGCACUUCAGAACCACUGCGUUGUUUUGCCAAAAUCUUACUGCAUUCUAUAUGAAGAUCUUAGAUUCUAAGUUGUUUCAUUUUUUUGUGUCCAAAAUGUGUGUACAGUGGAGAGUGACCUUAGAGGCACACCGGUUCCUGGUGCCCAGCUGGAUACUGACCGCUCUCCGGCCCUGCAUUGUUCUCUGCUCCUUCUUUGCUUUAUAGUUUGCUUAGCAUCUCAAAUCUCUCUGUUCUGGAAAAUGGGAAAAACUGUUAAAUAUCCCAAAGAUUUGAAGAAUUCCAGCUCUUAAAAGUGAGCAGGAGCAAGCAUGAGGCCCAAGUUUCCUUCGGCUCAACUUGACAGGCUGCCUUCCCUCCCUGCGAGGCCCCCAGAGUGCAGCCUCAGCUGUCUGUAAGCCCUCUCCCUGGGGACCCCUCUCCUCGGGGACCCCUCUGCAUACCAAUUUUAGCAUGAGGCCUCAACUCCAGUAGACAAGAGAUUUCCAGCAAGUGUUCACCAGGGAAGCCUGCACCCACCUGUCAGUAGAGAUAGGUGUCCUCCUUCCUUUGGGGCCAGCUUUGGAUACUCCGUUUGGGAGGGGAGAGGAGAUGGAGGUGGGAGAGAAGGAGCAUCCUGACAGGAUGCCCUCAGUGGGUGUGGCACUUCCUGCGUAGCCUUGAGUUGUUUGAGUCACACACAGGCCAUUUGAGGAAGUUGUCCUGCUGGCACGUGUGCUUUGGACUGAAAGUCUGUAACUGGAAGCAAAACGAUGUGUAUCCAGUGUCGGAGCUGCAACAUUACACCCGAAGGGAGAGGUGUGGCGGGCAAGUGGCCCAUGCCUCUCGGGCAUGGUGCUGGCCUGUGCACUGCUGCUCAGUAGGACAUCGUAGCAUUCUGGACAGGGCAUUCUCUGUCCAAAUUUCAGUGCCCACCACUUUAACCAGUCUGGUCGCAAGAAGAAAGCGGUCAUGUUGGCCCCACAGAGCAGAAAGUAUAGAAAGCAUGUGGGAGCGGCUGCCGGGUUCGUGCCAGGGGACCCGCUAUAGGCUCAUAGUCACGGGACCUGUGUGUUUCACAAGCUGUGAGCGUUGUUAGUAUGAACCUUCAGUUUGUUUAGACUGACAAAGGCAGGAAAAAUGGCUUUCCUGGGCCAGCCAGAGCAAAGCAGACAGGGCCCAGAUGGCUCCCCAUUUUCAUGAUAACAUCCACACACAGGAUUUGCUCUAUACUGUAGAAUACUGACUCGCAAUGGCAACUUGUGUAUGCAUGAAUAUUGCAGUAUUUUCCAUAUAGUAAAAGAACAUUUCUGCCCAGGAUAAGUCAGUUUUCCAGGGAGGGAAUGAUAUAAUUUCAUGACAAUGUCAUGUGCUGAUAGAAUUUCUCCAUUGAUGAAUCUCUAGUAUGUGUGUAUACUUUAUUUACCCAUGCAUAUAUUCUGUGACCAUGAGCUAAGCUGUUACAACUUUCAUUCAUGUCCCUGCUGAGAUAUUGGAUUCAGAGCUGACAAGUCUAAUCUUCAGUAAAAUCUGUGCUACGGGUGUGGCCCAGCCUAGCCACACAGAAGGUAAAGAGCUGGCAGAGGAGAGGCCGCACCCUGAGGUGGACCCGGCUGUAGACACUGGGCCUGGCACGGUUUCCCACAGGCUCACUUUGCCCAGCCCCCAUCCGCUGCCAGCCGCCAGCUUGGCCUGGGUGAGCGUGCAGCUCCUGAGUGCUCAUGGGGCCCCAGUUCUAGGAGAACUGGCCAUGGCCGAGGUUCAUGGGCUGUGCGUUGUCCUCUGUCCCUUAUGAUUUGGAUGCAGAGAAUAGGACAUUUCCCAUCUUCCACUCUUGUAGCCGGAACCUGCAGACCCCAAGAAGGCUGCCCAAGUUGGCCAGUGGUUAGAUCGGCUUCCGCUCCUUGGCACCGGGGACCCCCUCUCAGCAGCCUCAUGAGCAUUCCCAUCCUGCAGGGUGUUGUCGACUGUGCCUCCCCGUUGCGCCAACAUUCGGCGUCCAUAGAGUUGCUGUGUGGUCCCCGGCACGUGGGACACCUUCCUGGCGUCGCCCCAACUCACCAUUCUCACACACACUCUUUCUGUUCACCCCGUCAAUCUUUGUCUAAGUCCUUAAUAAAUUUCUGACUGUUCUUAAAGCAGUGGAGAUGCCUCUAUUUUUCUUGCAUUUGUGAGUGACUUUGCCUGUAUACUUUUCUGGGGUUUUUUGUUUUGUUUUGUUUUUGUUUUUUUUUUUUUUUUUUGCAUACUGAAGGUAUUUGGGGUGGGAUUGUUUUUUGAGAUGUGUAAUUCUUUUAUGGAGUUUUUAAAAAGAAUUUUCAUAUUGUUUUUUCUAACAUGGCUUCAUUAAGCGUUUAAGUAUUUUAAAAAAUAUGUAAUAUUUGGACCAGAUGUUGUGAAUAAUAGUAGAGAUAAAGCUAUUUUAUUCUGUAUUUUUAAAACUGUUCCAUAAAAAUAAAAGCUCUCCUGGACGCCG